AUGUCAUCCUAUCCCAAUCAUUGGGCUGGGAUUUCGGGAACCAUUGAAGCGGGAGAGACUCCUCUCCAGGCCGCUCAACGAGAACUGCAAGAAGAAACCAGUUUGGCCCAAAUUGUGGAAUCGCAAGGAGGUUUGUUUGUCAAUGUACCUUACUUAUCCAAGAGAACCCAAGAAACAAGAAUCAUUCGAGUGUAUCCACAUGUGGUUCUGGUUCCAGAGACGACAGUCGAGCUAGAAUUGAGAGGGACCGAACACGAUAGCUUCAAAUUCAUUACUGUACAAGAACUACUGGACAUGAAUGAAUCUGACUGUGUUCCAGGUUUGGUCCAGGCGUUUCAUCAUGCGACCCAUGGCAAGUUUGACAAUCAAAUUCCAGAGUCGGUCAAGCAGUGGGCGAGUGACGAGGAACAUGGAGCUUCCGUCAUGACUCGGAAUGCCUUGGCGCUGUUGGAACAAGAAGACGAUGAUUCCAUGAUGAAGGUUCGGGCUUUGCAAAUUUCGAUAUUACGACCGUCCAUGGUCUCAAUUGUCAAUGUCAUGCAGCACAUUGUGGCCAAUGGAAAAGAGGCGUCAGUGACAAUGGAAUCAACACUCGGCAAGGAUCUACAAGAUUCUGUUGCAUUGGGGCAGGCAACAAUUCGAGAUUUGGUAAGCAAUAAAGGAGGUCGACUGCUGAAAAUUGCCACGUACAGUCGAUCGGGGACACUUGUCAAAAUAUUGGCCCCAUUUGUGGAGGAAUGCGAGAUUGUCUGCUCGCAGUCGACUCCUGGCAAUGAAGGAGAGCUCAUGGCACAACAAGAUUUGAAAAAUCAUGAUCAUCUACGUUGGGUACCGGAUGAGGAAAUGGAAGAGCUUUUGGCGAAUGGUAAAUUCGAUGCAUUGUUGGUUGGAUCGGAUUGCAUUCUACCAGAUCAAAUGGUGAAUAAAGUGGGGACGAAAAGGCUUUGCGAAAUAGCACAAAAAGAGGGAACUGUGGUAUGUUGUUGUGCUGACAAAUGGAAAAUAUGGGAGGAUGUCUUCCCACCGCCUAUUGAAGAAGACUUGUUCGAAUUGGUACCACUAAAGUUGGUCUCGAAACUUUUGGUUCCUGGUUUGACUUCUUGA